AAAUUUGUUAUUGUGUGGACGUUCUUUUUUGUAACGCAAUUAAACGCAAUUGAAAUAAAUAGACCUAAAUAUUUAAGCUGAAAUGUUUGCACGGAAGAAGGCCGAGCCACCCAAGCGUAGACAACAUGAUAUUUCAAAGUUCGGAUUAAUGGAAAUACCGGAUGACUUUGAUCCAACCGCUGGCUACGGUGACGAUGAUGCUGGGGAUAGUGAUUUAGAAGCCGAACUAGCAGCAAUUGCUGGUGGAGGGGGAUCUUCAAGGCCCAAACAAAAACCCAAACCACAGCUAUUGCCAAACAACGAAUUAGAUAAAAUGAUUGCCGACAGUUUGCGUGAUGUCAGCGACGAUGACGACGACGAAGAACUGGAGAAUGAUAGUGAAUUGCUGGGCGAAUUGCACGGCAUUUCGGGAGUAGAAGAGGACAUGCCAGAGGAGGAGGCGCCACCAGCUGAAUUUCUGCCUACAAGCACAGUCGAUACUCUAAGCAUUAUUAAACAGCGCCUGGAAAUGUACAAGCAGGCGGAGGCCCAUGCCAAGGCUGCGGGUGAAUCUGCCAAAGCGCGCCGAUUUGGCCGUGGGCUGAAAACGUUGCAAGAUUUGCACAAACAAGCUGUGGCAGGGAAAGUCGUCAAUGUAGAUGACAUACCACCCGAGGUUAGUGUGAAGCCAGCCGACGGCGCGGAUGUGACUGCACCAGCAGGUGCGGAGCCUUCACAGCCAAUACGUGCUGCACCAGCGCCGCCCACGCCCAGCCCACCAGCUGCUGUAGAAGAGAAAACUGUUUCCACACCCACGCCGCCAGCCACGCCUGCUAAUCCGCUUGUAGCUGAAAUGCGCAGCCGCCAAGCGGAGUACAAGGCGGCGGCGCUGGAGGCUAAACGCAGUGGCGACAUUCCAACUGCUUUGCAGUUCCUCAAGGUAGUUAAACAGUUCGAUGUGGUCGUGAAAAUGUGCGAGGAGGGGCAGGAGGUGGAUCUCAGUGAUAUGCCGCCACCGCCAGCCGAAUUCCUAGCAUUUAUGGCGAAAAUGCAAGGUGGCGAGGGCGCAGCAGCAGCACCUGAGGAAACGCCAGCCGCAACCCCUGUUGCUGCACCAGCAACGCCACCACCAGCAGCAGCAGACACCAGCACGCCUACAAACAUGCUGGAAGCAUUGCAGCAGCGCUUGGACAAAUAUAAAUCCGUGGAAGCUGCCGCCAAAGCGGAAAGCAACACCAGCAAGGCACGUCGCUUUGGUCGCAUUGUAAAACAAUAUGAGGAUGCUGUAAAACUAUAUAAGGCAGGCAAACCCGUACCAUACGAUGAGCUACCUGUGCCACCGGGCUUUGGGCCGCUGCCUAUUGGAGAUGCGGCGCCAGGACCCGCAGCCACGCCGUCAGCAUCAUUGCCAACUUCGCCCACAUCACCAAGCGGCACAGCGAGCACUUCGGCCGGACCUAGUACACCCACAGGUGGAACACCUGUUCCAGCACAACGCAAGGCUCCUACUCCUCCGCAGCCACACGAUCUGACUACACGCACCUCUGGCAAUCAGCAAAAGAAUAAUCUAGCCGAGCAACAAAUGAAACUGCUGCUAGAACGCCGAAAUGAAUUCAAACUCGCUGCUCUGGCUGCCAAGAAAGACGGCGAAAUAGAACAGGCUAAGGAGUAUUUAAAGAUCUACAAAGGUUUCGACUCGCUCCUUAAUGCGGCCAGCAGUGGAUUGCCAGUGGACUUAAAUACGCUUCCUGUACCGCCCUCGAAACGUGAUGAGUUGGAGGCCUCUUUUGCUAUUGUUGCCAGCGAGGAAUGUGAUCCGAACGAUGAUAUUUGUGAGAUUGGAAUACGCAUGGAGGAGCAGUUGGCCAAGCAGCUUAUGAUGUGCAAAAACACACGCGAUCAUCACAAGGCCAUGGGUGAUGUGGCUGGGAUGAAUCGAUUUGAGAAUCUCGCUUUAACAGUGCAGAAGGAUUUGGAUUUGGUGCGCUAUUCGAAGCGCAAAAAUCUAUCACUGCCCAAAUUUCAUUAUGAGAAGCGCAGCUUCAACAUUGUACACUGUAAUACCGAUCUAACCGAUAAUGAAUUGGAAGUUGUGGUUGUGCGUGGCAUUAACUACAAUGUGGCCAAUCCCAAGGAUGUGGACACUUAUGUGCGAGUGGAGUUUCCAUUAUUAAAUGACGAGACUUUUAAGUCGAAAACAAAUGUGAUUAAAGACUCGGAUAGUCCCGAUUACAAUGAACGUUUCAAAGUGGAGUUGCAACGCGGAAAUCGACAGUUUCAGCGCAUUUUCAAGCGUCAAGGCGUCAAGUUUGAAGUCUUUUCGCGGGGCUGCAGUUUAGAUUGUUGUGGACUAAGUCGUAAACUGCCCAUAUGUUGUUUCAGAGGAUUUUUGCGUUCCGAUACGCUAAUUGGCACCGUAAAUGUUAAGCUGCAGCCGCUGGAGACAAAGUGUGAUAUACACGAUACAUACGAUCUAAUGGAAGGUCGCAGACAGGUGGGCGGCAAACUGGAGAUAAAAGUACGCGUACGUAAUCCCAUACUGACGAAGCAAAUCGAACAUAUUAAUGAAAAGUGGCUGGUACUGGAUGCCGAGGGCUGAGAGAGACUGCCAUGGAAAUAAUAUAAACACUUACACGCCUUUUACAUGCAAUGAAAAGAUGCUAAAUUAAUUUAUUGCUUAAGACACCGCAUUGUUGUGCUCUUCUAGUCUGAGGCCUCACACAAUUAAUAUGUCUGAUAAAGCUUAUUCCUAGCUCACACGCAGACAUAUAGGAUGUGCGUUAAAAAAUAUGGUUUUACAAUUUUCAAAUUAAAAAACGAAAAUUCAAAUAUGUUCUUUUUCGAAGAAUUGUAUUUAUUUUUAAGAAACUUUUAUUUCAAACGCCCUUCUUUGGUGUCUUACGUGCUCUAUAAAAUCGUUAGUUCCAUUCCAAAAACUGUUGGUACUUUUAUAAACAUCCUAUAUAGCUGUUAAGAGAGCAGCUAUCGCUUAACGCUUAAAGUAUCCAUCGGCGGAACGGGAAUAUGUAAUCAGAACGGUUCCUGAAAGCGAUUCUAAGGGUGUUUUGAUCCCAAGUCUGCGUCAUUCUCGCAGAGCUUUGAUUUAAUUUCAUUAUGUAAAUCAGUUAAAUGUAAAUGCUGUUUAUGAAAACGUCCAUCACACACUAUUGUCACAAUUAUAGAAAUUAUAAUCGA